GUGAGGUAAGGCUUCCGGUUAAGUUUUCAGAUCUCUUCAAAUAAAUUCGCGUUUGUUUCCAAAAGGCUAAAAGCGUAUACGUUGUCUUUCGUGUUUACACUUCACGUUGCAGGGGAGAUUUAGACUUGUAGGCGAACUCAUCUCGACAGGAGAUAUCGGGUCAAGAUAGAAUUUACUCUGUACAUCCAUCUUGGAGAAGAAACCGUGCAUUGGUAACAAAAAAUAAAAAAAAGGUGGGACCCCAAGAGGCUGGGCCUGCCCUCGGCUUGCAUACUUCAGACCCCCAUUGGUUGUCGUGUUUCUGCAGGUAAUCGAGGGCUUCUUCAAGGCUUAUCUGCUCCAUGGGGCUCCCUGGAUGCGUCUUCUCCAGAAAGUAAUUGAUCACCGUUGUCGCUCACAUAGAAGAAAGACAACUACGGGCAGCGGUGGGAUAACCAAGAGGCGCUCAAGAUGAAUAAUGAGUGGGUGGCAGCCAUCCUCGAGGAGUGCAAGCUGGCCUUGUCCCUCGGACCUUCAGAGCCGUCCAGGGAAAGCCGUCAGGAAUAUGAGGACUGUCAAGCUUCACUCCCCGCUGAUCUGAGGACCCUGCUUGAAGAAGCCAAGGAAAUGAAGUGGCCCUUUGUGCCAGAGAGGUGGCAGUACAAACAGGCGGUGGGCCCCGAAGACAAAACAAACCUGAAAGACACCAUCGGAGGUCGGCUGCAGGAGCUUCUGGUUUAUUUGAAAGCCUCAAUCAGAGUUGCCGACUUUGCUUCAGCGGCUGCCAUUGUGUUCCUGAUUGACCGUUUUCUCUACUGGGUCGAUGGCUCCCGAAAGCUCCUGCAGAUUGCUAAGGCUCUUCACAGACUCUCGCCUGCAACUCCAAUUGCGCCACAGGUGGUCAUUCGCCAGGCCCGGGUUUCAGUGAAUUCAGGUAAACUCCAAAAAGCCGAGUACAUUUUGAGCAGUCUGAUCAAUAACAGUGGUGCCACAGGGCGCUGGGUGUACCACCUAGAGAGUGACAAGGUGCUGGUGCAGGCCGUCAGCGUGCAGAUUCGAGGCCAGAUUCUGCAGAAGCUUGGUCUCUGGUAUGAGGCUGCUGAGCUCACUAGCGCCUCGCUUAUCGGAUUCAAUGCACUCCCAAUACCCGACAAAAAGGGCAUCGGUUCAUCGCUGGGGAUUCUGGCCUACAUAUUGGUGUCGAUGAAUGACGACGAAUUCCAGAGGUUUAGGAAGAACUGCGCCAUAAAUUUGGGCUUCAAAGGCUGUGACCAUCGACUCCUGUCCGCUGCAGGGGCAGCUAGACGUUCGGCAGCGUUCAGCCAGUACACCCCCUUGUUUGUCCUGAGCAGUACACUUGUCUGUGGGUCGUGUUUGCUGUCUUUCAGUCUGUCAUCUGCUUGUCCUCCAGAAAACAAACUGACGUAUUUGAACGAAGCCAAGGAGGCUUUCACAGUUGGACUUCUGACCAGAAGGAGUGAAGAAAUUGUCACAAGCAAGCAUGAGCUGCACUGUUUUAUUAAGGCCAUUUUCUGCCUCACGGUCACUAACAAAUGGCUGGGUGAGGCCCAGACGGUAGUGGAAGAGGCCGAGAACAUGUGCAAGGAGGCCAUGCGAAAGUUUUAUGUGUACAUUAAAGCAGAGAGCAAGGAGAAAGAGAAUCUGGCCCAGGAGAUCUUGGUACUUGUCAGCCGUGUGAAGUCUCUUUUGCAAGUGACGGAUUUUCCUAAUUCCGACAUCAACUCUUUUGUCCCAGAUAGCUACAAGAGCUCAUUGGAAGAACCGGUGGUUUUAUCCCAAAUCGGCUUUGACGAAAUCAUUGAAAGUUACUCCCAGUACCACACCACCAUUUCUGAAGCUUUUGAAAUAUCCUGCAGGGAGUCUAAAGAGCAAAGGCAGACAGUCGGCGAAGCUUGUAUCACAGCAAUGAAAACGGAUACCAAAGACGUCGACACUGAGUGGUUCACCGAAAGCCGCCACUCCUUGUCCAGUCAGGAAAGCGGAGACGGUCUCAGUCGAGCUGAAAAGAGACGUCGGGAAUUUGCUAGAAAAGCUGGGCCGAUGCAUUCAAGCGAAAACGACGACGGAAAAACGUCCCUCAGCGACAGUCGGUCCUCGGGGUCUUCGUGGUUCCGGCUUUCUGAGUCAGAUGUAUCCAGCGGCUGGGAGGAAAUCACUGAUUGUCCGGUAGAACCAGAAAGAAAUCAAGCAGCAGAUUUUGACACGCAGUGUUCAACCUACUAUGACGAAAUGAGUGAAGGCAACCUCAAUUCUCAAGAAAUGCGGCAGCUUUCCUUGCAGAAAACUAAAAUGGAUCUUUCACCUCUCCCUCCUUCGGCAAAAGGGCCAUCUAUUUCAUCUGAAUGUGGUGACUCACUAACCAUAGUUUCGGUGCAUAAGGAGGAAAAGGGGGGACCGUCAGAUACGCAUAACUUUAAGGACAGUGUUGAACACUCUCUUAGUCAAACCAGAAAGCAAAACGAGUCCGCAAAUAAGGAAGAAACCGGGAGUCCAUCGAAAAUCCAGAACAUGGAGGAGACUCGUGAACCCCCCUAUGACCAAACUAAAAACCCAAACGAGUCCCAGUCUUUUAAAGGUCUCCACUUGCCAACACAUGAGCUCUUUGACACGAUUGACACCCAAGCAGAAACCAUUGAUGAUGCUGAUGACUUCUUAAUGGCUGCAGGGCGAAAUUCCUCAAGGAUCCCCGGUGUUAAUCAAGUUGAAGAUGAGCUUGGACGAGGCAGCAAACUGAAGGAGUCUGAGGGAAGUCCUCCUGACACUUCUCUUCAGAACGUCGCACGUCACGGUGAGAAAGAAGACGGUGCCGGUGAGUUGAGACCACCAGUCCCAGCAGACAGCGACAACUUCUGUGAUCAGGAAACGGAAGAGGGCGACGAAAAAGACGACUAUCUCUCGCAGAUCCUCAACUCCAGUCACAGUUCAAUUUCUUCUCUCAAGUCCUCGUUUGGAGCUUCAUUCUCCUCUGGCAGUUUUUCGGAAGUGGACAGCCCUUCCUUCCUUAAUUCCAGCGCCGAUUCAUUUGUCUUUGUCCAAGGGCAGAAAGAAAUGGAAAUUUUAGAGAAGCGGACCCUAAAGCCAGAAGAUUACAAACAGCUGCUGUCGGGGGUGAGCCAUACGUGGCUUCUGGAAAGAUUUCAAGACACGGGUGUGUUUAAGCCAAAGAGGCUCAGAGAAGUGUACAAUGCUCUGCUUUUAAAAUGUUCUAAAACGUCCGCGAGCCCCGGAGUGUGGACAGCCCAAGAAACUCAGGUGUACAUUGGGGCCCCUCUCGGACGCAAAGGCAAACAGAGAUCGGCGUUUUGGGUUCAGUUUUUACAUCAGGAAGAAAUGUUAGGCAGGUAUAUUGGUAAAGAAUACCAGUCAUCCAGGGAACUUUAUUACCACCUGAACGACGUGGAGAGACAAAUGACGGCCCAGUACUACGUGAGAGAAUUCAACAAGAGGCUGUAUGAGAAGCAGAUCCCCACUCAGAUCUACUUUGUUCCAGCAGAGGUUCUUCUGAUCGUGGAGGAUAACGUAAUAAAGGGCUGCGUGAGCGUGGAGCCGUACAUUCUUGGAGAGUUCGUGAAGCUCACAAACAACAGGAAAGCCGUGGUGAGAGAAUAUAAAGCGACCGAGUACGGACUGGCGUUUGGCCACUUCACCUACGAAUUCUCCAGGCACCAGGAGGUGGUGGUGGACCUGCAAGGCUGGAUCACCGGAAAUGGCAAAGGCCUGCUAUACCUGACGGAUCCACAGAUUCAUUCGAUUUGUUGGCCAAAGCCGUCGUCGUCUGGGAGGCAUGGUAUCGACUGUUUCCUCAAAUACCAACAUGGACCAGAAUGCAACGAAAUCUGUAAAAUGCUUUCUUUGAAACAAGUCCGGUAGUGCCAUAUGGCCCGAUGGUGGUGAGGACAUUCUCCGUUACAGAAAUGCUUGUGUCGUCUUAUCGUUUGUUUCUUACUGUACUUUUCAGGCACUGCCAACACGGCUGGGCCUUAACUCUGGUGGUGGUCCUCUCAGGGUUUUUUUAACAUUUUUUUUUACUGUAUUUGUAUUAAAACUUAAGUUUUGUAUGGAGCAGGAACUCGGCUUUUAGAGGGCACCUUGCCUUAAAAUGACAUCCAGCAUCCCGAGUUCAGAUCCUGCAGCUGGUCGUCGUCCAUUCGAGGUUUGCGUGUUCUCCAUGUGUCUGAGUGUUCUUACCUCUCAAGUCCCCAAAGACGUGUGUGAGGUGAUGCCAAGGCUGCACAGCAUGUCCACACUAAGACAGUCUCCAUCCAUACUGGCAUUUUCACAUCGUGCCCCCACUAAACACACAUCAUGUAGUUGUUGGCCUACACUUGGCAUGCCAAGUGCCCCCCUUAAAAGGGGAGGGCUACGCCACCAGCCACAGGAUUUAUCAUAAAACUGUAGUGACUGGUAAAUUAUUUUGCCUUUUGGACGUGUACACAGCGGUCAAACUGUACAAAACACGAUUUACGGUGGAUGGACUCAGGCAGACAACGCAACAAGCAGCACAGAAAGCCUCCGCCAUGUUGGAACAGAAGCCACUCAGUCCAUUUGUCACUCGUGUGUUUAGCUAAGUGGCCCCUCAUAUCUCACCCAGAUCCUUCUGGAAGGUUUCUACUUCAGCUCCACAUCUUGGAGUCCCACAACUGUCUGCGUGAAGGAGAGCUUCCUGGCUUUGGUCCCAAGUGCUCUUCCCCUUAACUUCCGCUGAUGUCCUCACCCUUACGCUGAGUACAUGAAGGGGAGGACCAAUCAGGGAAGAGCCAAGUAAUCCUCACAAAUCGAGCAGAGCGCGAUUAGAGUUGGCGUUUUCAAAGCCAUAUGUCUCCUACCGAUCUGCGCUGCGAUGCCAAGUCGGCGUUUUCAGACAUAUGUGUAUGCGUCGCUUAACAUCCAUCGUAUGUUCUGUGAAAUAGGACGUUGUGCAUACGCCAUAUUAUAUACAGUUCUUUAGAUAAUGUGACAGAUAGGGGGCACCACUGAGCCCCAAACCCCUGGAAACAGCUGGCACAGAGCCAGUCACAGGUUCAAAACAGAGGGGUUUAUUACACAGCAGGUUUCUUCCCGGCCACUGAAGCACAUGUAUGCACGAUUGUCGUCUUCCUUUCCUUUCCUCGUUCCAUCUCUUCUCUCUUUCUCUCUGUCCACCUCCCUCCAGUGAGUGUUGUCUUCCUUCCUCCCAGCAUCCUUUUAUGUUUUGACCCGGAAGUACUUCCAUAGCCCUUAGGGAAGCACUUCUGGGUCAGGUGGAAUUCCUGAAAAGUAGGGAUCGUGAAUCCCUCUAGUGCCCACUGGCAGCUCCCAUGGGACACAGCAGGGCUGACUCUCUGCACUACAACUCCCAUCAUGCCCCACAUGGUGACUGUGUUCCUGGGAUGCUGCCAUCUAGUGGAUGGGGAUGAAAAUAUACAAAUUUUAGGAGCUUUCCCCAUCUGCUCCCUUAUCUUGUCCUCCCAUCCGGGUAAGGAUCCCACACACAUCCUUUGCCAGAAUGCCAGAUAAUCCUGCUUGGCACUUACAAUGGAUUGAUAGAACUUUAUUUGACCACAAGGGGAAAUCUGGAGCUCUUUAUUACUUAACACAGCAAUAUGGGGUCCUGCAGUGUUCCCGUUUUGACCACAUGCAGACAUAACGCCACAGCACUCCAGAGCCACGCGAUACGUGAUACGAGUCGAAGCAGGCACUGUUAUAGCGUACACUUCUUAUGUGUAAGUAGGGAAAGUUCACCUUAACACAAUAACGAUAGAAAGUACAGAGACAUGAGAGGCACGUGUUGUGUGCAGGAAGCUGGCGUGUUCACCACUUCCGACUGCGCUCAUUAUGUCCCAUUCUAAGAUCGGGAUUUCUGAACUACGGGACCACAGGGGUGGAUGCGAUCAGACUUUGUCCGAAUGCGCCACAGGGCUGUAUACGGUGCCAGAGAGCAUUUUCAAAAGUCGUUUUUGGGGGUUAAAAAUGCAGAGGUUGAAUGGACGAAAGGCUAAAAUGGUGACGAAUGUCUGCGUGUUUAAAUGACCACGUGGCAGUGCGGACACGGCCUAGAUGAACGCGUGUGUCAGGUGAUGGCUCUGAUGCCGCUGGGAUAGGCCCCACCCACCCCUGAACUGGAUCAAGCCAGUUAGAGAAUGUUAAGAGUUUGCUUUUUAGGUUCAGGUCCAUUUACCAGAACUCUCUUGUUGACCGCCACGUGUCUCUCAGCUGAAGUGGAUGUCGUUUUUGCUGGUAACGUAAUCGUGUUCUGUGUGUCGUCAUAAUGUCAUAAUAACCCCCGUCCCAAAGAUAUCACGUCCUAGUGAGCUGAACGACUUCCGGCCUGUCGCUCUGACGUCACAUGUGAUGAAGACCAUGGAGCGGCUGCUGCUUCAGCACCUGAGGCCACAGGUUCAACACGCCCUCGAUCCUCUGCAGUUCACAUACCAGGAGAAGGUGGGAGCGGAGGAUGCCAUCAUCUACAUGCUACACCAAUCCCUCUCUCACUUGGACAGAGGCAGUGGUGCUGUAAGAAUUAUAUUACUGGACUUCUCUAGCACCUUCAACACCAUCCAACCUCUGCUCCUUAGGGACAAGCUGACAGAGAUGGGAGUAGAUUCAUACCUGGUGGCAUGGAUCGUGGACUAUCUUACAGACAGACCUCAGUAUGUGCGUCUUGGGAACUGCAGAUCUGACAUUGUGGUCAGCAGCACAGGAGCGCCACAAGGGACUGUACUUUCUCUGGUCCUGUUCAGCCAUCAGACUUCCAAUACAACUCAGAGUCCUGCCACAUGCAAAAGUUCGCUGAUGACACUGCAAUGGUGGGCUGCAUCAGGAGUGGGCAGGAGGAGGAGUAUAGGAACCUCAUCAAGGACUUUGUUAAAUGGUGCGACUCAAACCACCUACACCUGAACACCAGCAAAACCAAGGAGCUGGUGGUGGAUUUUAGGAGGCCCAGGCCCCUCAUGGACCCCGUGAUCAUCAGAGGUGACUGUGUGCAGAUGGUGCAGACCUAUAAAUAUCUGGGAGUGCAGCUGGAUGAUAAAUUAGACUGGACUGCCAAUACUGAUGAUCUGUGUAAGAAAGGACAGAGCCGACUAUACUUCAUUAGAAGACUGGCAUCAUUCAACAUCUGCAAUAAGAUGCUGCAGAUGUUCUAUCAGAUGGUUGUGGCGAGCGCCCUCUUCUACAAAGUGGUGUGCUGGGGAGGCAGCAUAAAGAAGAAAGACGCCUCACGCCUGGACAAACUGGUGAGGAAGGCAGGCUCUAUUUUUGGAAUGGAGCUGGACAGUUUGACAUCUGUGGCAGAGCGACGGGCGCUGAGCAGACUCCUGUCAAUGAUGGAGAAUCCACUGCAUCCACUGAACAGGAUCAUCUCCAGACAGAGGAGCAGCUUCAGCGACAGACUGAGGAGAUCGGUCCCCCAUCACACUAUGUGACUCUUCAAUUCCACCCGGGGGGUAAACGUUAACAUUAUUCAAAGUUAUUGUCUGUUAUACCUGCAUUGUUAUCACUCUUUAAUUUAAUAUUGUUUAUUAUCAGUAUGCUACUGCUGGAGUAUGUGAAUUAAUAAAGUAUCUAUCUAUCUAUCUAUCUAUCUAUCUAUCUAGCUAUCUAUCUAUCUAUCUAUCUAUCUAUCUAUCUAUUAUAUAGUGCCUUUCUAUCUAUCUAUCUAUCUAUCUAUCUAUCUAUCUAUCUAUCUAUCUAUCUAUCUAUUAUAUAGUGCCUUUAACCUAUCUAUCUAUCUAUCUAUCUAUCUAUCUAUCUAUCUAUCUAUCUAUCUAUCUAUCUAUCUAUCUAUCUAUCUAUCUAAUGAGUUUCUGUUGUCUACCUAUGGACUGUAAUAAUCCAGAACUAUGAGGCGCCACACCAGAGUGAUUUAUUUAUUAAAAUGAAGGCAUGAGGUGUCUUGCAAUGGGAGUCCAUUAAAGCUCAGCACACGCUGCCCACUUGUCUUUACGUGGAGCUCCGCUCUCCGCUCCAUUUACUUCCUUUAGUUUGCCAGUCGGUGGACUCUGGGAUUCAUCCCAUGCUGAAUUGACGUUGCUGUUUUUUUGUCUCUCUGUAUUUUCAACUGCUUUGUGAAACUAAGUGUGACUGAGGGUGGCAUUGUGGCACAGCUUUGUGGAUGCGGCCUCCUGGCUUGGGGUGGCACCUGCAUGUUCUCUCUGUGUCCGCAUGUUUUUCUCUUACCGAUAAGACCUGAGGCGAUUGGUUAUUCUAAAUCCCCUCCGGUGUCAGGAUUGGCUGCGGCCCCGUAACUGGAUUAAUCUGGUUGUGAGAAUGUUGAACUGGCUGAGUAUUAGAGUUAUGGGGUAUACUGGCACUGGAAAAGUAGCGAAAAACGGUCCUGGCAUUUUGGGGUUUUGGGUACCUUCAGUAAAACGUGAGCUUUCCUUUCAAUCCUAACGCGCCGUUCACCUCAAACCAAACCGAAUCCCGAACACUCACAACUGCACUCCUUGACGUGAUCGCAACUUCACCAUGAAGACCAGGACUCUGGACAGACAAGGCCAAGGUAGAAUUAGCUGGUCAUGGUAUCAGAAGACACAGUUUGGCCAAAAGGACUUGAUACCAGCUGUUAAGCAUGGCGGCGGUGGCAGUGAACAUGUCAGGGUUUGGGGUCAGUCGCUCUGCUGCAUCAGGGCCUGGGCAGCUCAUCAUCACUGAAUCCAUCAGGAAUUCCUCAGGUUACCCUCUGAUACAAUGAAGACGGUGUGAGACGCUCUGAGGCCCAACUGAAUAUGAGCCUUGGCAAAGGUGGUCAUAAUCCUAAACAUACCAGGAGAGCCACCAAGGAAUGGCUGGAAAGGAAAGAGAUGGAAGGUUCUGGAAUGGCCAAGUCAAAGAUCUGAAUCUGUGCACCCUCGGGUGUAGAAAAAGAAGAAAAACCUUCUGGCGUCAGAGGCCAUUAGACGGGCAUGAGAAACGGCCACUUGAGGGGGCAACCCCAGGCAUCGGAGAUGAGGGGCAGAAGUGGCACAUCAUUGUAUGUUUUAUUGAAUGAAUUGUUCAAUUUCAUUGUUCUUUCUUUCCUUCAAUUGCAUCACCUGUAUGUACAGACGCAGUUUAUAUGAAGAGCACAAUCAAACAUUGUUUUUCCCACGACUCCUCACUCUUGCAGCUGCUGGUCUCCGCCAUGACAGGCCUCCUUAAUGGGCCGCUUGUUUAAGGGUCUGCCCGAGCACAACAUGGAUAUGCGGCGUAAACGGAACCUGCGGUGAGCCUUCCUACCUGUCAUGGCUGCUCGCUCCUAUAUUUAUAUUAAAACAAAAAAGGGCCGAUUGGCUGAGCGGGCGACGGCCUUUCAGAACUGCGCUCUUUUUGACAGCGAGGGGCCUCCUUUUCUCGUCAACGUUGUGUAUAAACGUUCUGAUAAAUAAGCUUGACUGUCAGAUGUAUGAAGUAUUUUUUGAACACAAUGCUUAUUUGAACAAAGCGUUCGCUGACUUUCAUAGCCGGGGAAAAAAAAAAGCCCCCUCACUCUCCCCCAGGCCCGUCAAAACUGGCAAAAAUCGUCAUGCGGAAUUUCUUUUUUGGAAUUAACGGAUUUAAUGGUCCCAGGGAUUUUCGUUUCUUUGUGCCCCCCGGCUUGGCGAGUGCGAUUAUUCUGAUUAUGAAUUGUUCAGGAGAUCCCGAUCGUAUACUUUUAACAAUACGGCCGCCCUGAAGCAGAAGCGCUCACACAGGCCCGAGUGCUCGGCGGGCUGCGCAGGACUCUAUGGCGCCGCUGUGCCUUGCAGCUGCAUGGAAAGAGACGUAUUCAGGGAUCGAUGACUAGUGUGAAUAAUCCAUUCCACCGUGAUGGCUUGCGGAGAUUUGACUGUUCCAUUUCUGCCAGGUGAACUGAAAUGAACCAUCAGUUUGAGCCUCAAUCCCAUUGCACACCCUGUCGAUCAUCCCAGUGUACGUGGACAAUCGGCACAAUUUGCACCCCACUGGAGCGCGCACGUGACACGACCGCCGUUUUCACUUUCAGAUUUAAGCGGCGCAAGAGAAAAUCCUCCCCGCUAUUGUCGCUAACAUGGUUUCAUGGGCAGCUCUGAUGGGAAUAAUACGCCUGUCUGCUGUUAUGUCUUUGUAUUCAAGUCAGACGUGACCGCUUCCAUUUGUCCGCUCCAGAACAUUACAUAAUAUUGGCUGUAAGCUCUUAAUGCCAUCAUCUACACAGCGGCCACUUCCAGCGCUGACUGCUGCAUUGGAUCAGCAGGUUUUACUUUAGUUACAAAAAAAAAAUUUAAAUAAAUAAAAAUCUAUUUUUAUAAGUGCUGGUGCAUUCAGUCAAGGACCGGGAAUCAAAGAUGGCAAAGUUAAAACUGGCAGCGUUUUAAAACAAAAGUGAAGUACGGGUGAGUGAGAAACGGCUAAACUCUGGGUAAGCGGCGCCAGGCUUUACACAACACUAACACAAGUGCCAACGUCAUGAACAAAGGUACAGCACCCGCACAGAUAGUGGGCACAAAUGGGCUCGAGGCUGGCAUACACGUUUGCACACAUUAUCUGCCCGACACAUGCGGGUGGUAUGGUUUGUUAUAAGCCUUGCUGGCCUGCCUUGGCACUGAAGAAGGAAACGCCUGUUCAAGCGGGCAUCCAUCUCCUGACCAGUCAUUACACCCUGACUCCAAGACUUUAGGCACAUGGGCGCUGCCCCGUUAGACUACUUAGACCUGAACUUCUCUCAUUCAUAUUUUUGGAUUUGCACCUUGGCAGUUACAUUUGUUUUGUUAUAUUCACUUAAAAGUAUUUAUUUACCAUAUUUUGAUUGUAAUAGCUCACUUUUUUUUUUUGUUCUUUAUUUCGCCUUAUGCAAUUUCUUGUAUUAGGAAUUUGUUAGCUGCGGUGGGCUGGCGCCCUGCCCGGGGUUUGUUUCCUGCCUUGCGCCCUGUGUUGGCUGGGAUUGGCUCCAGCAGACCCCCUGUAGAUAGGAUAUAGCGGGUUGGAUAAUGGAUGGUUGGAUGGAAUUUGUUAGUUUGCGUCAACACUUUGGUGUCAGAGUGCAGGGUCAGCCAUUGUACGGUGCCCCUGGUUAAGGGCCUCACUCAAGGGCCCAGCAGAGUAGGACCCCCCUUUGGCAGGAACGGGGAUUUGAACCAGCAAGCGUCCGGACACCGGCGCAGACCCUUAGCCUCUGAGCCACCUCUGAAAUAAUAACCUGCUCCUGAAAUGGUAAAUCUCGUACAUUACUGCAAUAGAAAUCUGCCUCUUUUAUGAGUGGCCUUCCCCAUUUGUAUCUCUAGAACACACACACACCUCAAACGGCGAUGCUGUAUGUGUGGGGACGGACACCGUCGGGGGGCUUUGUCCAUAACGUAUAAUUGUUACUGAAUGUGUAAUUAAUGCUCUGACAGCAAAUGAUGUGUUGUCGCUCAGGAAGUCACUCGUCUACUGUAUGUGGUAUACUAAACAUGUACAAGGUGUGUGCAGAUGUGUACAACAGCAGCGUAUCUACCACGAAUGUCACAUUGGGAAUGUUACCCACCUUCAUAAAAGGAUACGUCUCUGUGUGUCCGUCCAGUUGCUGUGUCUCUGUCAUUUGAACAGAUGGCACAUCACAGAUACUCAAAGUAAUAAAAUGCAUUUUAUUUGUCAUUCCAACAGAUGGCACAUCACAAACCUUAACACUGUUUUCACAAAUCCCAUUCCAAAAGGCAUAUAACAGAGACCUAUGCAUUGCAUUUGCCAUUUCAACAUAUAACCAUAUCUAAGACCGGUUCAGAUCUAAAUAUCCCACACAGACUUCAGUGUUAACAUGUGCAGUGCACCCUUCUACAAUAUUGGAAAGUAUUUUGCAAAUCAAGUAUUAAUAAAAUGCAUUGCAUCUGGCAUUCCAACAGAUGCUGCGCCCCAAACAUUUGUAGUAAUAAAGUGCAUUACUACAAAUGUAUGUGAUGUGCCAUCUGUUGGAAUGAUAAACAUAAUGCAUAUGUCUCUGUUAUAUUCUGUUAGGUAUUGAAUAGAAGCAUUCAGCUGCAGAGCCCCAGCACCACACGUUACCGCAGUUCUACACCAGCAGUUUCAUGGUGGACACUAAGGUUACGGGUUGGUGUCUUUAUCAUGUAGUAUAGACGUGUGGUGAUGUAGUUCCCACCAUGAAGCAACUGGUGUAGAAUAUCAGUGACAUGUGGUGCUGGGGCUCUACAGGUGAAUAUUAUUGGCUAUGGGAUUUGUAAGAGCAGUGCUAAUGUUUGUGACGCACUGUCUAUGACAAUGACAAAUGCAAUGCAUGGGUCUCUAUUAUACACCAUUUGAUAUGGGAUUCGUAAGUGUUGAUGUUUUUUAUUGGUGCGCCAUCUGUUGGAAUGACAAAUUCAGUGCACUUUAUUACAACAAGUGUUUUGGAUGGAUGGAUGUUUGAUAUGCACCAUCUGUUGGUAUGACAAAUUCAAUGCACUUUAUUACAAGUGUUUGUUAUGCGCCAUCAGUUGGAAUGACAAAUUCAGUGCACUUUAUUACAAGUGUUUGUUAUGCACCAUCUGUUGGAAUGACAAAUUCAAUGCACUUUAUUACAACAAGUGUUUGUUAUGCGCCAUCUGUUGGAAUGACAAAUUCAGUGCACUUUAUUACAACAAGUGUUUGUUAUGCGCCAUCUGUUGGAAUGACAACUUCAGUGCACUUUAUUACAAGUGUUUGUUAUGCGCCAUCUGUUGGAAUGACAAAUUCAAUGCACUUUAUUACAACAAGUGUUUGUUAUGCGCCAUCUGUUGGAAUGACAAAUUCAGUGCACUUUAUUACAACAAGUGUUUGUUAUGCGCCAUCUGUUGGAAUGACAACUUCAGUGCACUUUAUUACAAGUGUUUGUUAUGCGCCAUCUGUUGGAAUGACAAAUUCAGUGCACUUUAUUACAACAAGUGUUUGUUAUGCGCCAUCUGUUGGAAUGACAACUUCAGUGCACUUUAUUACAAGUGUUUGUUAUGCGCCAUCUGUUGGAAUGACAAAUUCAGUGCACUUUAUUACAACAAGUGUUUGUUAUGUGCCAUCUGUUGGAAUGACAAAUUCAGUGCACUUUAUUACAACAAGCGUUUGUAAUGCGCCAUCUGUUGGAAUGAAAAAUUCAGUGCACUUUAUUACAAGUGUUUGUUAUGCGCCAUCAGUUGGAAUGACAAAUUAAGUGCACUUUAUUACAAGUGUUCGUUAUGCGCCAUCAUUUGGAAUUACAAAUUAAGUGCACUUUAUUACAAAAUGUGUUUGUUAUGCGCCAUAUGUUGGAAUUUCAAAUUCAGUGCACUUUAUUACAACAAGUGUUUGUUUUGCGCCAUCUGUUAGAAUGAGAAAUUCAAUGCACUUUAUUACAAGUGUUUCUUAUGCGCCAUCUGUUGGAAUGAGAGAUUCAGUGCACUUUAUUACAACAAGUGUUUGUUAUGCACCAUCUGUUGGGGUGACAAAGACAUAGAAGGAUACACAGACACAUAUCCUUUUAUUACAGUGGAUCAAUUGAUUGAUUGAUAUUAUUUUUCCUUCAUCUUUGUUUGUUUCUUUAUGUUUUUGCUGCUGUAUGUGUCUACAUUUUCUCUUGGGACUGAUACAAUGUAUCUAAUCUAAUCUGAUGUUGACUAGCACAAGCGAGUAAGAAUGUGACUGUGCCCUCUCUACAUCUGACAAUAAAGACCCUAUUAUAUAGCACCUUUCCCUCUGUCCAUUAUGGAGGGUGUUUCACGUUUCUCUAACACUAAUCUCCGUGCUGAAGAGUGGUGACGUUUUGCAGGCCAGUUACCAUAUUGUGCUCGGCACAUGUGACAACGGUGACCCUCUAUUAAUACACAAGUAUAAAUGUGGACGGACAUAGCAGCACGUGCAGAGAGGCUCAUCGAUGAGUAACGUGUCUGUUUUUCCUUUUGUAGCCACGUCUUUCUUCUUCAGUCCUUUUGUGUUUUUUCAUUUCUUUUCUGCCCGGUGUGACCCUCAUUGUGCACACCUUUCUGCCGAUUUGCCUAAAUUGAAGUCAACGGUUUAAACCCCAGGCUGCAGCUGGCAAGGAUCACAGGGUGAGUGGGCUGCGAGACGCAGAAGUCGAGUGAAACUUUGAUCAGAACAGAGCUUUGUCUCGUGGCCACCUGAUCCAGCACGGCUGUCAAACAGACAAUUCCGCCGAGGUCUCGAUGACAAUGGCAGCCUGAGUUUUCUUUUUUCUUUUUUUUUUUUGUUGUCUUUUUAGAGCAGCAUUUUGUUUUCCCUGACACACGCGUUGCGCCGAGUUCCGUUGCAGAUUGUGUUUUGUUGUCCAAUCUCUGUGAAGUGAGAGGGCAGUAAAGGCGCCGUCAGCGAGGCCGCGGGCCCACUGUGCUCUCCUGCCGCCACUUCUGUCAGCUGGCCCCGUUUUCCCAUGAACCCCUCUUGGUGGCUGCUCCUUGUCGGUGACCUCGCUGGGGAGUUCGGCGCUCCUCAUAUUCGUCAUCGCCCUGUCACUCGCACUUGUGAUCGUUUCCUAUCCUCACGCACCUCUUGUUUGAAGUCAAUUGCCAGCCUUAAAGCUUUGAUUUCACGCAGAAUGGCAGAAGCUGUGGUGCCGAUUGUCUCGCGGAUCUCCGCGCCUUUCGCUCGCACUUCUCACUCACUUUGUUUUGUUGGUUUUUUUCCUUUCAUUGCUUCCACUCAACUGGAAAUUCACCUUCCUUUUGUUCCAUUAGUUAAGGAAUAUUUUACAUUUUUUCCCUCAUUUUUUACUAUUAGUUAUUACACCAUUUUCCUUAUUAGUUGCAUGUUAUUAUAAGACUAGUCAUUUAGCCCGUUACAAUAACGGGCGCUAGAACAGUAGUGCAUAAACAUUAGUAGGAACAGUCUGUAUUAAAUGGCAAGGGACUUUGACCUCAUUCUUUUUGUUGGUCGUAUUUUUCUUUCUUUCAGCCUUUCUUUUGUUGAUGUUUACUUGCUGAGCUGACCGUUCUUCGUGGGCUGCCGCCGUGUAUUGUGUGUCUUUCAUUUUCUGUGACACUAAUACUGUCUUGUACGACUCUAUUCAAUAAGGGCGCGUAGAUAAUUUAGUUGAAAUGGCUCUGGAAUAUGUGAAGAGCAACAAAGGUGCAGAUCUUUAUUCGCUGCGCCCUUUUGAGGCUCGCCUUUUUGUGCGCGCCCUUAUUGAAGGAUACCGUCUUGUACGUCCCUAAUAUACCUUUAAUUUUCUCUGGUGGUAAUACAGGCGCGCGCGUCGGUAAUAUGCCUUUAAUCUCCUCUGACAGUAAUACUGGCUUGUAUGUGGCUGUAAUAUGCGUCACUGUAUUGUGUACCUUUAAUUUCCUCUCGCAGUAAUACUGGUUUGUAUUUCCGUAAAACGCCUCUAACUUUCUCUGACAGUAAUAUCGCGCAUAGCACCGUGACCCGCGCAUGCGCACUUCACCAGAAGACACCCACACACGGACACCUGGACGCACAUAGGGAUUUUAUAUAUACAGUGGUGUGAAAAACUAUUUGCCCCCUUCCUGAUUUCUUAUUCUUUUGCAUGUUUGUCACACAAAAUGUUUCUGAUCAUCAAACACAUUUAACCAUUAGUCAAAUAUAACACAAGUAAACACAAAAUGCAGUUUUUAAAUGGUGGUUUUUAUUAUUUAGGGAGAAAAAAAAUCCAAACCUACAUGGCCCUGUGUGAAAAAGUAAUUGCCCCCUUGUUAAAAAAAUAACCUAACUGUGGUGUAUCACACCCGAGUUCAAUUUCCGUAGC